AUGAUGAUGAUGAAGAUGCGGAAGAGUCUAAACUAGUUUAAGGGCAGGUAACAAAUGAUCAAGUUUUUUUUAGUUUCGGACUGUUGAUGUUGCAUGGAAAGAGAUUGGAAACUUUUUUCCUUCAUCUUUAUUUCAAGUUCAACAUCAAAACAAUUUAGUUUAACAGUUAAAAAAGUACAGUUAGUUAAUUCAACCAUUUAAUUAGCUGAUAUAAAGUAAUCAUAAUUAACGAUUUAAUUGUUUGACAAAUUGUUUCCCUCCUUAAAUGUGUGUUUAUGUGGUUACAAGAAAAAGUGUCUCCCUUAUUAAUGUCCCAUAAACCUAAUUGACUUUUAUCAACAGUUAAUCAACAUAAUCACUAAUCAACAAUCAGUUGAUUAUAAUUAUUAAUUUUCCUCUCUCUUUCUCUUUCUCUAUCUUUUUCUUUGUGAAAUGUAUUAAUAUUAAUAUGAAAAUCUUAAUUUGGAUAAUAGGUUACCUUUGUUGUUUAAUUGGUUACAUUUUUGGAUCUGAUUGUUUUGAUUGUAUCUUCAAGAAUGAAAUUAUAACUCCACUGGUUUACAAUCAAGUUAAUUUACUUGGUUCGCUACCUGGUAAUUUAACUAAUUCAUAUUGGAAAUCCUCUGAUAGUCAACAUGUUGGCUCACAAGUUUUGGAUUCUUGUUUAAAUUCAACUGAUUGUCGUAGGUCACUAGCGGUCAUUUAUUUAAAAACCAAUGGUAAUCGUGAUUGUAAUUCCGAUGGGUCAAUUGAUUGUAUUGAUUAUGCUUUAUUUGCACAAUUUGAUUCCGAUUGUGGAUCAGCAUCAAAAGAUACAGUCAAUUUAACCAAAUUUAAGAUAAAUGAUUGUCUUAAUCAAGGUAUCACCUCAAUUCAUAAUAUUGAUCAAGAGAGUGGUGAAGUUUCAAUUGAAUAUAAUGCAACUGAAAAUGACCUGGAGUCAGCAACCGAAGGCGGUGAUUCAGUCCGGACAAUUGUGCCGCCGGUGGUAACCAAAUUAAUUGGACGGGAGUGUUUAAAGUGUAUCUGUGAAGCAUCAAACAAUUGUGAUUCCAAUGUGACCUGUGAUACAAGUGCUUGUGGACCUUAUCGAUUGUCCUUUGAUUAUUAUCAAUUAGCUGGAAGUCCGGGUGAUGGUUAUGAAAAUUGCUGUCGAGAUGUUGAUUGUUCAGAGAAAGUGAUUCAAACUUAUGUAACCAAAUUUCUGAGAGAUUGUGAUAAUAAUCAGUUAAUUGAUUGUGAUGAUUUCUCAGCGAUCCAUAGAUUUGGUUCCUCGUGUUCCAACAAUCAGAAUAAAUUAUCAGAGUAUUGGCGUCAUUUUGAAUAUUGUACAGUCAUGGCUGAUAAUGUUCGAAAGGAAGUUGAUCCAUGGGAAAAUAGCCCAAGGCCGAGUGUUAAUCAACCAUCAUUGUCUUUACCACCAUUGAUUCCUUAUCCUGUUCGCUUUUCAACCAAAGCGCCAAUCAAUCCACCGAAUCGUUUGAUCAAUCAAAUUGUUCAUUUAGAUGAUCAAUGUUUAAAUUGUAUUUGUCAGGCGAGUAGCGGUUGUAAUAUCACUCGAACCCAUUGUCCUAAUGGUUCGGGUUGUGGUCCGUACCAAAUUGAUCUGACCUAUGUUAGAGAUGCUGGUGGGGAAUUGUUAACUGAUGAUGGAUUUAACGAUUGUGCCAAUGAUCGUGAAUGUUCAGAGUCUAUUGUCAAGAAUUACAUUGAACGGAACGUAUUAGAUUGUAACGGAGAUGAAAUUUUAGAUUGUACCGAUUUUGCUUUGGUCCAUAAAUUGGGUCGCACUAAUUGUCGACAAUCAAGAGACAUUGACGCUUUCCUUGAUUCUGCUUAUUGGUCUGAAUUUCAGGGUUGUCAUGGUUUUGAUUAAAUUAACAAAUAAAUGUAAAUAAUGUGAGCAAUUAAUCAAUGAAAAUUGAUUGUGCCGCUUUGAAUACACACACAAUUGGAUUACCCUUUUAAAGGGCCACUGAAAAUUUGAUCAAGAAAUAAAAAAUAACUUUAAAUUGUUA